AUGUUGAACAAGAUGACCUUACAUCCACAGCAGAUAAUGAUAGGUCCUAGGUUUAACAGGGCCCUAUUUGACCCCCUGCUUGUGGUGCUGCUGGCUCUUCAACUUCUGGUGGUGGCUGGUCUGGUGCGGGCUCAAACCUGCCCCUCCGUCUGCUCCUGCAGCAACCAGUUCAGCAAAGUGAUUUGCGUUCGGAAAAACCUACGCGAAGUACCCGAUGGCAUUUCCACCAACACUCGGCUGCUGAACCUCCAUGAGAACCAAAUCCAGAUCAUCAAAGUGAACAGCUUCAAGCACUUGAGGCACCUGGAAAUCCUACAGUUGAGUAGGAAUCACAUUCGAACCAUUGAGAUCGGGGCUUUCAAUGGUCUGGCGAACCUCAACACCCUGGAACUCUUUGAUAAUCGUCUUACCACCAUCCCGAAUGGAGCUUUUGUAUAUUUGUCUAAACUGAAGGAGCUCUGGUUGCGAAACAACCCCAUCGAAAGCAUCCCUUCUUAUGCUUUUAACAGAAUCCCUUCUUUGCGCCGGCUAGACUUGGGCGAAUUGAAAAGGCUUUCGUACAUCUCAGAAGGUGCCUUUGAAGGUCUGUCCAACUUGAGGUAUUUGAACCUGGCCAUGUGCAACCUCCGGGAGAUCCCUAACCUCACACCACUCAUAAAACUGGAUGAGCUAGAUCUUUCUGGGAAUCAUUUGUCUGCCAUCAGGCCGGGCUCUUUCCAGGGGUUGAUGCACCUUCAAAAACUGUGGAUGAUACAGUCCCAGAUUCAGGUGAUUGAACGGAAUGCCUUUGAUAACCUUCAGUCACUGGUGGAAAUCAACCUGGCACACAAUAAUCUAACGUUACUGCCUCAUGACCUCUUCACACCCUUGCAUCACCUAGAGCGGAUUCACUUACAUCACAACCCGUGGAACUGUAACUGUGACAUCCUUUGGCUCAGCUGGUGGAUAAAAGACAUGGCACCCUCUAACACAGCUUGCUGUGCCCGGUGUAACACUCCUCCCAAUCUGAAAGGGAGGUACAUUGGGGAGCUGGACCAGAAUUAUUUCACAUGUUAUGCUCCUGUGAUUGUGGAGCCCCCAGCAGACCUCAAUGUCACCGAAGGCAUGGCAGCUGAGCUCAAAUGUCGGGCCUCCACAUCCCUGACCUCCGUAUCUUGGAUCACCCCAAAUGGAACGGUCAUGACACAUGGGGCAUACAAAGUGAGGAUAGCUGUGCUCAGCGAUGGCACAUUAAAUUUCACAAAUGUAACCGUGCAAGAUACAGGCAUGUACACAUGUAUGGUGAGCAAUUCUGUUGGAAAUACCACUGCUUCAGCCACCCUGAAUGUUACUGCAGCAGCCACCACUCCUUUUACUUACUUUUCGACUGUCACAGUCGAGACUAUGGAACCUUCUCAGGAUGAGGCACGGACCACAGACAACAAUGUAGGUCCCACUCCAGCGAUUGACUGGGAAACCACCAAUGUAACCACCUCUCUCAUGCCACAGAGCACAAGGUCAACAGAAAAAGCAUUCACCAUCCCAGUGACUGAUAUGAACAGUGGGAUCCCAGGAAUUGAUGAGGUCAUGAAGACUACCAAAAUCAUCAUUGGCUGUUUUGUGGCCAUCACACUCAUGGCUGCAGUGAUGCUGGUCAUUUUCUACAAGAUGAGGAAGCAGCACCAUAGGCAAAACCAUCAUGCCCCCACAAGAACUGUUGAGAUCAUUAAUGUGGAUGAUGAGAUUACAGGAGACACACCCAUGGAAAGCCACCUGCCCAUGCCUGCUAUCGAGCAUGAGCACAUAAAUCACUAUAACUCUUACAAAUCUCCCUUCAACCACACAACAACAGUUAAUACAAUAAAUUCAAUACACAGUUCAGUGCAUGAACCGUUAUUGAUCCGAAUGAACUCGAAAGACAAUGUACAAGAGACUCAGAUCUAA